AUUCAUAAUUUUAAAAUUACUGUCACAACAUUAUUCCUCCGCCUCUCCAAUCCGUUUGUAAGGUGCAGUACGUAAUAAUAACUGAAAACAUAGCUUAUCCAACUACAUAUCAACAGUCAAAUCAAAGUUAAUACUUACAAAUAUGCGGCAUAGUUAGCAGUCAUGGAUCGUGAAGCGUGGUCUACGUAAAAUGAAACGUACUGUUUUUCCAUUCUAGUGCUAGAGCAUGGUAUAACGCCGCAUUUUACAGUGAGCCACAAGCUGCGCCUUGUCAUGAGAUGUGGCGUUACAUUUCUUUUGUCUGAAGACGCACGAGUGGAUCAAGGUUCUCAUAAUUAAGAAAAUGUGAUGUCUCUGCUAAAAGGAGUAGUACAAACAAAAUGUUGCCGGCAAGCUAACCUUGACGGAGGUUGGAUAUGUCCAUGCAAUAUGGAACUAUGCUUCGAAAAAAAUAUCAACGAGUUUCCUGAAACAAGAGAGGAAGAAAAUGAAUUAAGAACUUUAACUCCGGUUAAUACGGUUAAACACAUUGCAGGAAUGCGAAAAAUAAAAUGGUCUCCUGAAAAUUUCACGAAGAUAAAGGACUGCAACUACCCAGGUCUACUACGGUAUAAACGCACAGACCGGCUCCAGGGAAACAACCAACCAUGGUACGAAAUAAAACAAAAAGGAUCGGAUCCUUACAUCCAAAUGUACUUAAGAGACAUGAACAGAUUACAAACCGAAAGCACACAAAACAAGAUGGACGGACAAGGAUUGGACAAAAUGUAUUUACAAAUAAUAACACAUCCGACUUUUAACUCAUUUGAAACGGCAGAAGGAAACUUACACCCGACAGCAAACUUACCAUUUAAAAAAGCAAAAAGAAACUUAAGCCAGUACUUUGUUUUAGUAUCUAGCCGUAGUGUUGUCUCUCAAUUAUGUCCAUCUGGAAUAUAUUUAGUGAACAUGUCAACAAAUAUAUCAAUGCCAAAGAAUAAUGUGUAUUUGAAAACCACAUCAAAUAUGGGAUUAUCAUCUGUAAUGGAAUAUUCAGAGUACAAUAAAAUAAACACAAAUAAAUCAAAACCCAAUUUUAGAUCUUUUCUAGUUCAAUCCAGUUUACUACAAAAAACUAUAACAAAAGAAAAACAAAAUAAUGACACUAAUUCAAUCACAACUAAUCUUUCUUCAAGAAUCACUUGGGUGCAGAAUGAUACAGAGCGAUCUAUUCAUUCAUAUAAAAAAUAUAAUUUUAAUGAUUGGUUUCAUUUAUCCGUUAAACAAAACAGUGAGAAACCAAAAAAUCAGAUAACCGGAAAUAAAAACCUGAGUAAUUUCGCAUCAUCGUAUACACACAAACAAUCACCAUUUUCCAAUCUGAAAGGCGUUUUUGGACCGUAUGCGCAAACACAAAUCGUGUAUAAUGUUAAGGAGCAAGCGGCUACGGAAAAGAAAGAAAAGGGUACUUCACAACAAUUUAAACAGAAAUCGCAAGGAAUUGGCAGCGGAUCUGUUAGUGGUGGAAAUGAUAGCUCGAGUACUUCGUCCAAACGACGAACGAUCAAAAUUGAAUCAGGUUGUAGUUUUAGUAUAGAAUUUAAUGAUAAAGGGAAAACUGCGAGUACUGUAUCGUCGGUAUCCAGCUCUGAACCAGAGAAAGGCAAAAAGAAAGCAGGUAAGAAGGCGCUGCAUCGAUGUCUUUGUACCACAUCAUUUCCAACAAAUGACAAAAAAUUAAAAAAUAGGCCAUGUGAUUCCGGCGUAUGUGUACCAGGCAAAUGCACUCCAAGUGAAUGUUUUAAACGACUUCAAGAAAAGUAUGGAAGUAAAAAGAAACAAAGUGACAGCGAUGCUUCUUCCAGUCAGGCAUCACAAACACACAAAAAAAAAGAAAAAGAAGGAACAAUACUUAAAGAAAAAGGUUCAUCGAGCAUUUCAAAAUAUAAAGAAAGUGUAGAGAAAAAACCUCUCCCGCCGCCAAAAAAGUUUGACAUUGUGAAAGCCAUGAAAAACUGUUGUAAAAAAUUACAAUUUUGGAAGAAAGAUAAGCAUAUAGAACUUAAACCCGGAGUUAUUGGCACUGACAUAUCCGUCAAAGAUGAAACUAAGCCAAUGGGUUCUAAUGCAUCUAUCCAGUCAGGUAAAUCAAAAGUUCCAAAAAAAGACAAAAAAACGACUGGGAAAGAUAAUAAAGGCGAACCAACUACAGUGGAUGCAAAAACGUCAACUGGAAAAAAAGGAAGAAAAGAAAAGAAAGAACCGAAAGAAAAGGAAGAAAAGAAAGAAACGAAAGAUAAGAAAGAUAAGAAAGAUAAGAAAGGAAAGAAAGAAAAGAAAGAAAUGAAAGAAAUGAAAGAAGAGAAAGAAAAGAAAGAAAAGAAAGAGAAGAAAGAAAAGAAAGAAAAGAUAGAAAAGAUAGAAAAGAUAGAAAAGAAAGAAAAGAAAGAAAAGAUAGAAAAGAAAGAAAAGAAAGAAAAGAAAGAUAAGAAAGAUAAGAAAGGAAAAGAAGAAAAGGAAGAAAAGGAAGAAACGAAAGGAAAGAAAAAAAAGGGGAAGAAAGUCACUGAGAAAAAGAAAGAUACUAAAGAAGAAGUAAAAACAGAAACGAAAGCAACUGGGAAAAAGACCCGACCUUUAAAACCAUAUGAAUGCGAACCCGGUGUUUGUACUCCUAAAGUAUGCAGUCCAAAGGAGUGCUAUGAACGAAAAUAUCCACCUCCACCCCCAGCAAAGCUUAGCAACUUUAUGAAAUUCAAAAAUUGUGUACUAAAGGUUUGUUGCAAACGACCAGCUGCAGAAGAAAAAACUAGUUCGCCUUCGGAUGCGGCAACUCAGUCGCCAAAAUCAGCACCUGAAAAAACACCAGGGGCCACUGUGUACCAAGAAAAGGGAACGUCAGGCCCAAAGGCCGGCAAGAAACAGAAAGGAGAAACUACGGCGGCAGCAGCUAAGGAGUCACGCAAAUCUAAAAAAGGAGGUAAACAGACAACCGCCACAGGCGAUCAACCUAUAGCUAGCGGUGACGUCCAGCAACCCAUACAACAAUCAGGAUAUGCUGGUAUGCAAUAUUUCCAAAAUAUCGACUCUGAGCGAAUGACUAGGCGGCAGGGAAUUAACAUUGGAUCAGAGUGCGAAUGUAGUGUUGAAUUUUACAGGAUGCUUUAUUAAAUAUUUGUUAAACAAUGAAGUAAUUUUGUCAUAUUUUAAAAUGUGCUUUCUUUCAAGUAAAAUGUUUAAAAAACUUGUA